AUAUAGAGAGAGAGAGAGAGCAUUAAGUUGUGUAGCUGACUCUGUCAGUGAUAUAUCUCAAUCUUCAUCUUCUUCAUCUUCUUCUUCUUCCAUCUGCCAAUUUGUGGCUGCCCUGCCCUUCCCACACAUUAUCAAUUACACUAAAAUCCUCAAUCGCCAAUCAUCUCCAUGAACACCGCCGCCGCCGCCAUGAAAGAAGCUCCACAAGACGACGACGACGAAUUGAAGACGAAGCUCUCUCUCCUGAGAGCAUCUGUUCACAACCAAGAUCCUUCCUGCAAGUUUCAAGACCAGGAAAUGGAUGAUUCGACUUUGAGAAGGUUUCUUCGCGCGCGCGAUCUUGACGUGAAUAAGGCUUCGGAAAUGUUGAUAAAGUACAUAACGUGGAGAAAAACAUUUGUUCCUAAGGGUUACAUUUCAACCUCGGAAGUUCCCAAUCAGAUAGCGCAGAACAAAAUGUUCAUGCAAGGCAAAGACAAGCAAGGCCGGCCUGUCGCCGUGCUUUUUGGCUCCCGGCAUUUUUCUUGCAAAGGAGGCAUGGAUGAGUUUAAGCGUUACUUGGCGUUCGUUCUUGACAAACUAAGUUCCGCUAUUCCGGAGGGACAAGAGAAGUUCACCAUUAUAGGCGACCUUCAAGGUUAUGGCUACUCCAAUAGUGACAUACGUGGAACCCUAGCCGCCAUCUCGAUUUUACAAGAUUAUUAUCCGGAAAGGCUUGGCAAAGUCUUUGUCGUUCACGUGCCUUACAUUUUUAUGACCUUGUGGAAGAUCAUUUGCCCCUUUAUCGACAAAAACACAAGAAAAAAAAUUGUGUUCGUGGAGAACAAUAAACUUCACGAGACAUUACUCGAAGAUAUAGAGAAAAGCCAACUUCCCGAGAUCUAUGGAGGUGAAUUGCCGCUUGUCCCUAUCCACAAUUGCUAAAAUAUGUGUGUGCGCAUGUGCAUAUCCCUCUUGUAAGUCGCUAAAAAAUACAAAAUCUAGUGUAUGUAAUAUCAUAUAUAUAUAUAUAUUAUGACAUAAAAAUCUGCAGCUGCUACUCUUCGAAUACGAAUUGAGUAAACUCUUGGAUGAACACAAUAGCUACACUUUUUAAUUUUGUGUGCGCCCCUUUUGUAAGUUUGAAAAAAUUUCGGGUGAUAUAUAUUAUCGAACAAAAGAUAUGUAUACCUAUUGAGUUCAUUUUCUUGUUGGUA